AUGCCCAAAGCAUCAACGCCCGCGGCCACUCCGGCUCGGCCGUCCACGUCGUCCACGUCGUCCACGUCAUCCACGUCCGCCCGGCGCUCCGUCUGGGGCUGUCUGACCUGCCGCCGCCGCAAGGUCAAGUGCCAGAGCCGCGAGACGCCCUGUGCGGCCUGUCGCCGGCUGCAGCUGGACUGCGUGUCGUCGUUUGGCGAAAACUUUAAGCAGUGGCGCAGGAGACGGGUGUCGCCUGCGGACGGGCCGGGGCCGGGGCCGAAGCCGAGUCCGAGACCGCGUUCGAGACCGAGUCCGAGACCGCAUCCGUCACAGACGCCCGUCUACGAAUCGCCCGCGACGACGUUGGAGGCACCGUCGCCCGUCUCCCUCCAUGCCUUGCUGGACAUGACGCAGAGUCCGGGCUGGGACCUGGACAUGCCGUUCCUGUUUGAUACGCCGUCCUUUGCAGGGCCGCCGCCACCGCUGCCACCAGGACCGCCGCCGCCUGCUUUUGCUGUUGCGUCUCCUGGUCUGUAUGCAUCGGCGCCGAUCUUUGCUGACAACGGCGACGUUCUGUCAAUGGAUGGCCGGGCCAUCCUGCCCGGCACCAGCAUACCGUCUACGUUGUCCAUGACGGCGGCGGAUGGCAACGGAUUCAUACUGGACCUGCCUGCACCGCUACAUUCGUUCCAGAGUGUGUCCUCGCAACCUGCCGCGGCCGACUGGACGCAGCCACAGCACGCCAUCUCGCACGCCCGUCCUCAGUCGGCCGUCCUGGCCUCCCCGAUGACGCACGCCCCCCCUCUCUCUCCCUCUCCCUUCCUCUCCGUGUUCUCGCCCCUCCCCAGCUACGCCGACUCCCCCGCCGACCGCUCUCUCGUCGUCUACUACAAACGCAAUCUUGCCUCCUUCUUCAGCGUCAAGUCCGCCUUUGCGUCGCCGGCCGCGUCGCCCUGGAACUUUUACGCGUACGCCAUCCGUGCGGCCGAGCACCAGCCCGACUCGCCUCUGCGGCACGCCAUUCUCGCGUGGACCUCGGCCUACCUGUUGGUCCGGGGCGGCGACAACAACAGCACCGACCACGCGCUGCAGGUGCGGCAUUAUGCGCGCGCACAACAGGCAGCAGACGCGCUGAGGGCAGCGCUGUGGUCCGGGGCAGGGUCGUACACGACGACACCGACAUCGACCCUGCGCAUGCUCCUCGCCACCACGCUCUUCCUCGCCUACGGUGACAUCUUGUCCGGCGACACCCCCCGCCUGGUCCACGCCCUUGCCGGCAUUGCCCGCCUGCUGGCCUCGGACUGGCCGCGGUUCCGCGGCGCCAUCGGGCCCGUCGAGGCGCGCAUCCUCGUGUGGCUGGCGUACUUGGACGUGCGCGCCGGCCUCUGGGGGGUGGCGACGGACGGGAUCGGCGGUGGAGGAGGACAAGCAGGAGGAGGAGGAGGAGGACAAGCAGGAGGCGGACUCUUCCGCUUUCUUCGCGACCACGUCGGCGGCCCCGCAUCAUCGUCGGGCAUCUCGGCGCUGCGAGGAAACGGCGUGCCGCAGGAGUACUACUUGGCCGCCUGUUUCGGGUCGGCCUUGCCAGCGCACGAGCUGCACGACGAUUUGCUGCAGGAGCCGGCCAAGCGGCUGUCGGACGAGAUCAUGGGCGUGUUUGCGGCGGUGGGGGAGCUGGAGGCGUGGAUGGAGACGUGCUUCCCACACGCGCAAGGCCCAGGGACCGGUGUGGUGGGGGCGAUGGCGGCGGACGUGGAUGUGGGCGUGGAAGCAGCCACAACGCCCGGCAGCACCACCCUCGGUCCGGUAUGCGUGGCACCGGCAUGCGCAUCGCUUGUCGACCACGACCAGGCGGCCCUCCUCGAGCUCCGCGCCGCCAAGAUUCACGCCUUGCGCGCCACCAUUGCCCGCAUCCGCGCCGAGAGCAACGUCGUCCACGCCGCCCUCCUCAAGGCCUACACGCCGUCGAGCCCCGACCACGUCGCCCGCACCACCUUCCACCGCCGCGUGUCCACGGCCAUGUGCCUGGCCGCGACCAUUCUGCUGAACCGCGUCGACGCCCCCGACGUGCGCACGGACGACGAGGCCCAGGCGGCCGCCCGGCAGAUUGUGCAGAUUGCGCGGGAGCUCCAACACGAGACGCCCGACCGGGCGUCGAGAGAGGAACGGUGCACGGAGCCAGGCAGUCCCGACGUGCUUCGACAGUCGCCCAGCGACCACCCCCGCAGCCUCAUCUGGCCUAUGCCCGUCUUCGUCGCCGGCAUCGAAGUCACCGACCCCGUUUACCAAGACUGGGUCCUGGCCUACCUGGCCGACAUGGCCGGCUGGGGCACGAGCACACGCCGCGCCCGGGAGCUGCUGCGGCGCGUGCUGGCGCGGCAGGCCGACGAAGGGAAGCGGGUGCGCGUCAAGGACGUGGCCGGUGAAUUUGGUGCGGUGUUGAUUUGA